UUUAUUUUUAAAAGAUAAUAAUGUGCUUGUUUUUCAGUGAAAGUCGUUCUCGGACACGAAAGUACACCCCCUCUUCCUCCCUGCCAAAAAAGAAAAAAGAAAACCAUUUCCGUAAUCCCGUUGGCUUGCCUCAAGACAAGCCACCGUAAUUCGAAUUCAUAAACUUCUCCUUUUCAAUCCAGUGAUUCAGUGUUGGUGAUUGGAGGAUAAAGAGAGAAGAAUCAUACGAUGAUGAUGAAGCAGUGGAGGAGAUAGAAAAUAGUAUGGGAGGUUGUUGCUGUGGUUCCGCUAAUGGAGCUGCUGAUCAAUUUAAUAACGCACCGCCUUUUUUUUAUUACCCCAGAACAUCAGAAGAGCAUGUCUCAUUGUCAUCACACCAAGCACCGGGGUCUGUCCUCCAAUCCACCGGGCUCUUGGUUGAUACAAACCUGGACACGUCAGUGCCUGAUGCCUAUAGACCACCUCCUGCACCUAUCCCAUUUGAUGCAGCUGUAGGACGUCCUCAAACCCCGGGAAGGUUGAGAGAGGUUCGUGGUGACAAGAACCAUGGAGCUUUGCAGACCACAACUUCCGCUUCUGGACAAGAAAACACUGCCUUGAAUACUCGGGAACCUUUGGCUAAGUGUGAAGAUGCGAAGGACUUAGACUGCAAAGUGCAAAUCAAUUCAGAACCUGGUUCGGCGAAGGAGUUAGAAAUUGAGCUUUCAAAGCUAGUUGAGCCUCUUGUUUCAGCAACAGAGGAGGAGGAGGAGGAGGAGGAGGAGGAUUGUCCUAUCUGUCUGGAAGAGUAUGAUAUAGAGAAUCCAAAACUUACCACAAAAUGCGAGCAUCACUAUCAUCUUUCGUGCAUUCUUGAAUGGAUGGAAAGAAGUGAAAGUUGUCCUGUUUGCGACAAGGAAAUGAUAUUUGACCCUCCUAUUGAUUAGUAGCUUUGCAGAAAAUUUGUUGAAGGUCAACUUUUCUUAGCUGUUUGAUAUCAAGUUUGCAAAGCAGAAGUUACAAAUGCACAAGAGUUUUGAGUUUUUCUUUUCUGUGCCCACUAUUUGGUGGUUGCCAUAGAUUUGGCUGUAGCUAUUUCCUUUUCUUUUCUUUGAAGAGUCGGUCCUUGCUUGAAUGCCAUGUUGUUGUAUCCUCUCUUUGUCAAACCUUAAAAAUCUUAAAGGAAAUGAGGGGAAAAAAGUUUGGGGUGGUGAGGAAGAAGAUGAAAAGAGAGGACAGAGGUUGGCCCUACACCACAACUGAUGUCCAUCACUUGGUGGUUAUAAUAGAACACAGGUGGGCUCUUUCUUUCCUUCUCCUUCUCCUAGUAUAGCUUUACUGCAAUUCAUGCUCUGAAAUACUCUUAGCAGUUGCUUUCCUUUUCCUUCUACCAAUUAAAUUGGUCUGUAAAUCGUAUAUAGUUGUUUUUGUCUUAAGUUCAUCUGUUUGUGAGUUUGAUUGAUAGUGGGGGAAUUGAUCGGUGUAAGGAAAGUUGGGGAAGGAUCAAAAGAAGGGGCUUUUUGUUUAGAUGAUUCAUGUAAAUAACACGCAGUCUAAUAUACACUUCAAGGUUUGAUUUUGUCUA